GAGCAGAACUAGUAGUGGAUGCGGAGAUGUGCAACGUCACAUGGAAAAGACCUAGGGGAAAAUCCACUUUCAAAGACUGGAGACAUAAUUCUUUUUUGGCCACCUAUGGCUGUACAUUUAUACUGUAAGGAGUAUAAUCAACAACAAAAUAUUACGGUUUUGAUUUUACAGGGAAAGUGGUCCUGAAAUAAAUAGAACGGUAAGGGGUGGAAAGAGGGACCAGGUCCAGAGUUGCUGCUCGGUGGUGUCUGUGCGCCCCCUGCUGGGGGAGCUGACACGCUCAUCUCAGAAGGACAGGGACCCUGGGCGCCUGGCCCAAGUGUUUCCCAGCACGGUAGGGACUCGCUGUAUGUGUGGGGAGGACAGCAGGUGGUACCAGAGACAGACACUGGUCCAUGGACCCUUGAGGUGUGGGAAUAGAUUUUUUCAGGGCAUGAGAGAGACAGAUAGACAACUGGAUAAAGGCCCAGGUGUUGUUCUUGUGUAGGCCACUGUUCCCACGUCCAGGAACCUGACCUUGUGGGUGAGGACGUGCCGUCCCUCCAGCCAAGUUAAUAACUUCCUCCCCCAGCCAAGGAAUAUAGCUCUACGUCUACAGCAGCUCCUGCUCAAACUAUCAAAAUCACCCUGCAAGGAACAUGGUCACAGGAAGGUGGGAUUUCAGGAUACCCCUCAGGGACUGCCCUUCUCAGAAUUCCAUCAUGAAGUUCCAUGUACUUGUAGGUGUGCUGGUCAUGGUGGGCUUCGCAGUGGGAAAGGCUCCUGUUUCUGAAGUCCGGACCUGUCACCUCUGCCUCUUAGAAGACCCUUCUACAGGAUGCAUUUCAGGCUCAGAGAAGUGCAUCAUCAGUAGCUCGUCGCCAUGCAUGGUGAUAACCAUCUAUUAUGAUACCAAGAUACGUUUCUUCAUCCGAGGCUGUGGACAGUACAAUUCUUACCGCUGCCAGGAAAAACGCAAUACCUACUUCUCGGAGUACUGGUACCAGGCCCAGUGCUGCCAGUACGAUUACUGCAACUCCUGGUCCAGCCCCCAGCUCCAGAGCUCCCUGCCUGAUCCCCCUGCUGGGGCCUUGGCCCUGCCCCUGUCGGAGUUCCAAAUCCAGUGGUUCUACAAGGCUCUGAACCUCUCACUGCCCCUACCCACCUUCCGUGCUGGGAAGGAGCCUGAAGGCCUCGACCCCCUGGCCACCCUGCCCCUGAACCUGAGCUUGUCCAUCGCUGACCUGCGCCACAUAUACUUGUCUCUCAACAGCUCAGGACUUUUGGUUCUUCCCUGGGCUGGGCCCUGAUGCCUUAUCCUUCUUGGAUUUUACUCUUCCAGCAUCUCUCUCCUAACACCCCAGCACCUAGUGCUGCCCUCCUAGAACUCCCACAUUCUCUGGUCUGUGAUUUUUCAGGCCUCCCUUCCUCUGUGCUUCCAGCAUCUGUAUGGCUGGAAAUGUAGGAAAUGUAGGUUUGUAGGAAAUGUAGGAAAUGUGGGUUUCAUUUCCUUCCCAGAAACCGCUGUGGCACUGCACCAGUACUCUUCUUUCUCCUAGAAAAUACCAAGUUCGCUUUCUGCCCAGGUUGACCUAGGGAAGGCACAGUGGUUUCCUCGUGCCUUUCCCAUCUUCUGAGUCCAUCAGCCCCCUCAUCUUUCCAGUCCCCUGUCAGUCCGGCCACCUGCUAUCUCCAUUCAGGUCUGGUUGUAGAUUGCAGCCCAUGCCUAUCUUAAGACCCAGACUGAAGUUGUAGCAAGAAGAAUGAAGCGUAGACAUCUGUGCAGAUUUCCUGACUAGGCACUCUGGUGUCCCUACUUCACUGCCUCCACCUCUACUCCUGCCCUGGUUCCCUGCUUCUCUCCUUUUGCCACCAUCUCUGGCCUCCUCAGCCCCCCUUCACAUCACUGAGUCCUGACACCCACUUCCAUAGGUUCUAGGGGAGAGGAGAGGCGAGGGUCUGCCCUGCUCUGCACUAUAUCUCCCGCUUACUCUCCAGAACCUCCACAAUAAAUGGACUGGGCUAA